AUGGCCGACGACGCGUCCGACGCAGGCCCGGUCUCGGAGCCGCUCGACCUGGUGAAGUUGCUGCUCGACGAGCUGGUGUUUGUCAAGCUCCGUGGCGACCGUGAGCUCAAGGGGCGGCUACAUGCCUACGACAGCCAUUGCAACCUCGUGCUUGGCGACGUGGAAGAGACGAUUUACGUGACGGAGGACGACGACGAUGAGGAGGAAACCCCAGACGUUCGGGAGGAUGAUUAUGCUAACGUCGUCCGUGCAUGGGAACAGACUGUGAGCCGGAAGUCGGAGAUGCUCUUUGUGCGCGGCGACUCGGUUGUUCUUAUUUCUCCAGUACCGCAGAGCUGA